AUGUCGGAAGAGAAAGGGAAGAAGUCGGAAGGGAGUCAGGACAAGAAGGGCGGCAAGAGUAAGCCGGGGAAGAAGGAGAAGGCGGAGGAGGAUGACGAGGAGGGCGGCGAGGGAGAUAAGGAACGCAGGGGGCAUGGCAUCCGCCAAGACAGAUCCGGCGACGGGCAUGGGUGGGUGCGCGAGAUUAAGGUAAACGGACGGAAUCGAUACAUCGGCAAGUCGAGGGAGAAGAUGGAGUUGGCCUACGAGCACGCGAUUGCGUACGUCGUCUACGACGGCUACGUGAGCAAGGUGCUCAUGAAGGAGCUCACCGUCUUGAAGCCGGGGGAGUUGGAGAAAUGGAAGGAGAUGUGGGAGGAGGUCAAGUUCUUACCAACUGGGUUGUGGACGGUGAUGUGGGCCAGAGGCUUGUGCCAUCCGAGAGCAAGGAUCGACGACAUACUCGGCAGGUACCGUGGGUACGCAAGGUCAGGUGAUGCGCUUCAUGGGGUGCUCUGGCCGGCGAUCUGGUUCCCCAUCAUCGAAAACACGGAGGAAGGCAAGGAGGAGACGGAGGCUCUCAUGUCGGCGAUGGUGAAUCGCGUGUCGAUGUGCGCGGCGUAUGGGAAAGUCGCGGCGAGCGCGGCGUUUGGGAAGGUUGACGCGAGCGUAGAAGGGAAUGCGGGAGAGAAGAUGGGGAUGGAAGGCGCGGAGGGGAAGGCGGACGAGAAGACGGAGAUGGCGGCCCAGGCGUUAGCGGCAUCUGCAUGCGCCCUCUGGUGCUUUGUGGAGACGGGAGCAUCGUUGCUCGGUGCUGUGGGCGAAGGGAAGGCGGCGGCGAUGGUGGCAGGUGCGGAGGAGAAGAGGGCCGAGGCAUUCAAGAAGGUGAUGCACGCGGUGAUCGACUUAGCACGCAGUCGGGAGGCUCCUGCGGGGGAGGUUGCCCAUAACGUCGCGCCAUCGCUGCAGCGCCACGCAGUGGUCAGGGCCUUCGAGGAGGGAGUUGAGGAAGUCGAGGCCGACAUGAUCGCCAGAGAAAAGGUCGAGACCUUGGCGUUCUGGGGAAUGUGCCCCGUCGUUGGGCCCAAGCUCAAAGAGCAGGGCAUCGAUGUGCAGUGUGACGCGAAGAUGGAGUACGAUAUGGAUCACAGGGGGAGGAAGGGAGAGAAGGUCAAGCAGGGCAAGGGCAGCAAGAGGAAGAAGGGCAAGGAGGGCAAGGGCAGUACAGAUGCGUAG